AACACAUAAUAAAGUUGACCUGUGCCUUCCACGCGCUUUUACGCACACACAAUCUCUGAAGCUUUCAAUUUGAGACUUUUUCCUCUAUCUAUUUUCCCGAUUCACUUCAAUUUCAUCCCAAUUUUCCCGAAAAAUCAAAGUUCAUUUGAGAAAGAAAACAGAGAGAAAGAAAAAUGCACGAUUUCUGUUUCACGAUUCCUUACGGAUUAGCAUUAGUAGGUGGAGGAUUGUUCGGUUUCAUCCAAAAAGGAAGCACCGCGUCACUCGCCGGAGGCGUCGGUACCGGUUUGCUUCUCAUCCUCGCCGGUUAUUUCAGUCUCAGUGCCUUCGGAAAGCGGAAGAACUCUUACCUUGCUCUCGCUAUUGAGAUCCUUUGUGCAGGUGCACUAACUUUGAUCAUGGGACAGAGAUACUUGCAAACAUCUAAGAUUAUGCCAGCUGGUAUUAUUGCAGGACUCAGCGGCCUCAUGACUCUGUUUUAUCUCUUCAAACUAGCAACUGGUGGCAAUCAUAUACCUGCUAAGGCUGACUGAUGAAAAGGUGUUACAUCAUAUUACUAUAAUACAUAUAUGUUGAGUGACCUACAUGAUUUAGAUGGUUGUACUUAGUGAUUUCAAACUUUGGAACAGAUAGUUGUUGUUGUUGUCUGUAGAGAAUUGGGGUUUUCCUGCAAUAUUAUUUAAGAAGCUACUUUUGUCGGUCCUUUCCUUUUUUUUCUUCUUUCUAACAAAGCAUUGGGAUCAUCCUGAAUGCAAAAUAGACGGUUUGUUACAUGAUUAUCUGCAAAUUUUCA